AUCUUACAUUUAUGAAUACUCUGUUAAUUUUUGAGGAGCAGUUAACUUUUGCAACCCUACCCAGGGUCUGAGGCUGCUGUUCUUCCUACUUCUGACCGAUUUAAUUGGCAAUUUAAGGAAUAGGGGAAUGCCCCAACAAAAGCUAAACUACAAAAUCAUCGCCUGCCUUGGACUCCGCUCUCAACUUUGCAACUCUAAUUAACUGCCACAUCAAGCAUGCUGAACAAGUUGCUCAAAGUUGCACCUUUCUCACGCAGCGGUCGCUCCAAGCUGGCUCACCCUGAAGCCUCUCAGGAGCCUGAGGAUUCCCCUUCUGCCUUGAAGAUUGUCCAUGCAGGUGGGAAGGUCGAAACUUACUAUAUGGCAAUACCCGCAAUCAGGAUAUUGGAGAAGUACCCAUCUUAUGUGCUGGCCAAGCCAGAGGUUUUUCGAAGGCCCUGGGAUUCAGUGGUCCGACCUGAGAAAAUCCUAACUCCAGGACGCAAGUUCUUGCUUGUUCCACUUCGAACUGUGAAGAAGCUCCGGCGAAGGGUGAAAAAACCCAGUAAAGACCUGUUUGGUUCUUCCGUAUCUCAAGCCUCUGGUUCUGAUGACAUCUCAGUUGACUGCAACGUUUCAAGGGAGACGAGGGAUUCUUUCAUGAGUGCAUUUAGAAGGAGAAGCGGCAUUAAGAAGCAUGUCACAUUCGCUGGCAUUGAUGCCAAAUACAAGGCCUCGGGUUCGUCCAACUCAGAGAAGGGGGGCAAGAGCAAAGAUGGUAAAAAGAAAAGCUCAAGCUGUCAGUCUGAUAUAGGAAAGAGGAGGCCUCAGAAUGGUUUUCUAUGGCAGCCAUCUCUAAACUCGAUCGAUGAAAGCCAAGGGAACUGAUUACAGAUUAAUGCUAUAUAUGCUUCAGUUCAGCGCCCUCCAGAGUGGGCAAAGCAAAGAUAGUAAAUUAAGAACAAUUAUUAUUAUUAUUUUUAUUCAGCAGAAUUACAGAA